GUGCAACUACACCAGAUGAAAUGUUUUACACAGCUCGUCUCACAGAGAAACUCAUGGCACCGAUGCAGACGGCAUUGUCUGCUGCUCCACGCGUUCGCUAAAGAAGCCCUCCACCAGUUCCUGCCCUAUAAGUCUAGCCCAGAUGAUGGCCACCCUCAACCUUUGCAGGUUCCACUUCCAGAGCUGCUUCGUACUAUUGCUGUCCAUAACCUUUGCUGUGUCCGUCACGCUCUAUGUGUCUGACAUCCCCUUUGAGCCAUCCAAAGUGUGGAUCAGCAAUGUUGCCUACCAGAUCCACUCUUAUUACAAGUCAAUCAAGGAACCAAUACCCAAUACUGACACACUACUAAAUGUGUCCCUUCCCUCAUCAUCACGUGCCACACAUCCAUCUAUAAUUACGAUGAACAGACAUAAUGUGACAGAUGUGGUCAAUAAGGAGUCUACAACUGCUGUCCUGGUGAAUGAGAGGUCACCAAUCCUUUACCAUCAAGCAUACCCACGCAACUACCACUACAUCAUAGACGAGCCCCAUAAGUGUGAACAAGAGAAACCGUUUCUGGUCCUCAUGGUCCCAGUAGCACCACACGAACUGGCGGCUCGCAACGCCAUCCGGAGCACAUGGGGUAAUGAAAGCAUGGUCCGAAAUAAAACCAUUAUGGUGAUCUUCUUGCUGGGAUUGCCUGGGAUCAAGGCCGAGAAACAACAGGAGGAACUGAAGCUGGAAAGCCAGCAGUACCACGAUGUGGUCCAGAGUGACUUUAUAGACACCUACAUCAACUUGACGAUAAAGACCACAGUAAUCAUGGACUGGCUGGCCACACGUUGUCCCAAGGCAUCCUACGCCAUGAAGGUCGACUCUGACAUGUUCUUGAAUCUGGAGAACUUGAUGAGCUUGUUGCUGUCACCUGCUACACCUAAAGAAAACUACAUGACAGGGAGUGUUAUGUGGAACCGGCCAGUCGUCCGGGACAAGAACUCCAAGUGGUACGUGCCACAGGAAUUAUAUGCUGAAGACUACUACCCAACAUACCUGCUGGGGAUGGGUUAUGUCUUCUCCAAUGAUCUUCCAGAGAAGAUCGUUGAGGCCUCAAAAGAAAUACCACCAUUUAACAUUGAGGAUGCAUAUGUGGGUGCCUGUCUAAAACGAAUAGGAGUUUCACCUUCAAACCCUCCCGAUCCCUCCCAGUUUAAGGACUAUUUUAGUGGAACGUAUAAUCGAGAAGAGUUUGCCAGUGCGAUCACCACCAUCCUUCAAUCCCCACAGCAGUUGAUCACAUUCUGGCAGGACCUAAAGAGGCCUACAUGAGGGUCUUGGAGGUAAAAGACUCAAAACCUAUGAUGGUCACCUGCCAUUGUUUCUUAGAAUGCUCUUGCAUUGUCUGCAUGGGAAAAGGCUCUUGACGUGUGACUGUGAAUGACUGACAUUUGGGGAAGUAUUUAUUUUGCUUUUGUGGGGAACAUGCUUAUGGGUAUUCUGAAAGAGAAUUUGGGUGUCAUUAUGUGGAACAUUGAAACCAAGAUGAACUGGAACAACAGAACCUAAGGUCAAUAUCUUGUGAAAUGAACAUUUAGAAUUUGAUGUUUAACUUUUUUUUUUUUUUUUAUGGGAAUAUUUAUAUAUUUUUUUUAUUAUUAUUAUUUAACUGUUGGAUGGAUUUUACUUGCUGUAUUUUCCCUCAGUCUAUUCAGAACUGAUUCCUAGUGAAACGUUUUCAAAAUAUCAGUGCAUAGAAUCUGAGCUUUCUGUGAGGCACUGUGUUUCCUAUCACUGUAUAAAAGAUUCACAGGGCUUAUUUUAUUGUAGGAUUGCUCAGAGCAAUUUGGAUUGGUAAGCACUUGUAACAAAAAAGUGAAAUAGAUUGAGCAACAUUGAACCGUUAUUAAUUAUAUUUCUAAUCAAGUGUUUACUUUCUCAUAAAUAUCAUUUGUUACACAAACUAAACAAAAAUGUAUAAACCGGUAAUGUUACAUUUCAAAUAAGUGCAGCAACUGCACUCAAUUCACUUUAUUUAUUGCGAAAAGCAAAGUAAAAAGCAACGUUUAUAUUAUAGCCACGUCUGUGUUCCACCUUAAAUUGUUAAUAUUUACUGAAUUACUGGAUUUGCUUUAAUAAGAAGUUGGUGCUGUGAGACUCUGGAACAUACAGUUGCUUUAGAUUUUCUGCCCUCUCCUAGAUAAUUACUGUCCAUUGUCUGUUUCAUGUCUAUUGAUAUUGAAUCUAUUUCAGUUGUUUGACAUGAUGCACAAGUAUUUGCUUUGGCUCUAGAUGGAAAACAGUACGUCUAGCUUAUGCUUUUAUGGCUUAUUGCCUAGGGUCAUUCAGUAAAUUGAGCUUCAGGUCAAGUCAGAGAUGAAGGGCCCUUCCCACAUUAUUUGUACUAUGUGGGGGAUCUUUAACUACAACCCCAUUUCCAAAAAAGAAGAAUUUAAGAAAAAAUAGAAUGCAAUGAUAUGCAAAUCAUAUAAACCAUUUUUAUGCAAAGUACUACAAAGAUAAUAUAUCAAAUUUUAAAACUGAGCAAUUCUAUUGUUUUUUUUCCCCAAAAAUAUAUCCCUAUUUUGAAUUUGAUGCCAAUGACAUGUUCCCAAAAAUUUGGGAUGGGGGUCUGUUUACCGCUGUGUUGUAUCACCUCUUCUUUUAACAACACUCUGUAAGUGUUUCAGAACUGACGAAACACAGCUGUAAUUAAGAAAGUGAAAUGUUUUCCCGUUCUUGGUUGAUAUAGUAUUUCAGCUCAACAGUUCAGGGUCUGGUUUGUUGUAAUUUUCAUGUCAUAAAGCGUCAAAUGUUGGUGAGAGGUCUGGACUGCAGGCAGGUCAGUUUUGCACCCGGACUCUUAAUACAGAACAAUGCUGCUGUAAUGCAUGCAGAAUGUGGAUUCCUGAAAUAAUCAAGACCUUCCCUGAAAAAGACGUCGUCUGUAUGGCAGCAUAUGCCAAAACAUGUAUAUAUCAUUCAGCACUAAUGGUGCCUUGACACAUAUUCACGUCACCUGUGCCAUGUGCACUAAUGCCCCUCCUAUAUCAUCAUGAAUACUGGUUUCUGAACUGCACUGAUAACAAGCUGAGUGGUCUUUAGCCUGGAGGACACAGAGUUUUCCCAUAAGAAUUUAAAAUUUUCCAUUCGUCAGACCACAGGUAACUUUUCCACUUCCCCUCAGUCCAUUUUAAAUGACCUUGGGCCCACAGAAGGUCACAAAAACUUGCUUUUUUAAGAGUUUUAACUUGCAUUUAAGGAUGCAGUGACAAAGAGACAGUGGUUUUCAGAAGUGUUUCUGAGCCCAUGUAGUGAUUUCCACUACAGAAUCAUGUCUAUUUUAAAGCAGUGCUGCCUGAGGGCCCAAAGAUCACAGCCAGCUAAAAUUGCUUUUCACCUUUGUCCCUUACAUACGGAGAUUUCUCCAGAUUGUCUGAAUCUUUUAAUGUAAUUAGGUACCACAGAUGAUAAAAAGCAAAAGUUCUUUGCAAUUUUAUGUUGAGAAAAUUCUUUAA